AUGCCCCAGCGGGCAGCCGUGUCCUGGCAGUCCGACAUGCAGCUGGCCGGGAAGCUGGUCCUGUCCGCCGCCGCUCUGCUCCUCCUCACUCUGGCGUUCAGGUUUUACAGGACCCGCUCGCUCGCCGGGGGAAGCAAGUUGGGAAAUGAGCUGCAAAACGAGUCGGGAAGUGAGUUGGGAAGUGAGCCGGUAAGCAAGUUGGGUAGUAAGUCAGGAAGCAAGCUGGGAAUCAAACUGGGAAAUAAUCCAGGAAGCAUACUGGUAUACAAGCUAGGAAAUGAGUCAGGAAGUGAGCUGGGACGUGAGCUGGAAAGUAAGUUGGGAACUAAGUCAGGAAGCAAACUAGGAAGCGAGUCAGGAAAUAAACUGGCAAGUGAGCCAGGAAGCGAUCUGGGAAGUAAUCUGGAAAGCAAGUUGGGAAGCAAGCUAGGAAAUGAGUCAGUAAUUGAGUGGGCAAGUGAGCCAGGAGGCAAGGAGCUGGGAAGGGAGCUGAGCUCUUGUGACCCUGGGAACAUGGCUGACACACUGAGCAGCCAUUCCGAGAAGGAAACACUUGCCCUGAGCACCAGGGUUUCCCCGGGGAUUUCUAAUGCCCAGAUGGCAGGUGAUGGACAUGCCCAAAGCACGGAGAAGGAUUUGGCUGGUGGAGGCAUGAGCAGGGAGUCCAAGAGGAACAGGGAAUCCAUCCAGACCCUCAGUGUCACCUCGAACCUGGGGCUGCUGAUGACAGCGAGCGAUGCAGGGUCCGACACCUCCUACUCUUUCUCCUCGGUUGCAAAGAUCCAGGUGGAGGAGAACUACAUCCCCGAGAGACAGGGGAAGGACAGGGACAACCAGGCGCUCCCCAGGCUCAGAGGCAAAGUCUAUGACUACUACGUGCAGUCCAUCUCCGAGUCGGUGCUGAAGAAGAAGUCUCUCCCCUACAUCCCUCCGGGAAUAUCCCAGUGUCGCAGCUCCGAGCAGGUCAGUGAAGAGCUGCAGAGCUUUGCAACCCAGCCACAGGACUCAGCUUUGGCAGCACAUGAUCCCACCACCUCCUCCACAGUUCCACCGCCCACCAGGAGCUCAGAGACCUCUCCUGAGCCUCCAUCUCCCGGCCACAAGAACAGCAUCCUCCGGAUCGCAGACAGCCCCCACCUCCAGCUGCCUAUGGAGGGUUUUGGGGUCUCAGCUCCAGCUGGAACAACACCACCUGCAAGCCCCCAGUCAGGACUGGCAGCCAGUCCUGACCCCUCCCAGCUGCCAACAGACACCCACCUGGACCUGAGGAACUGCUACGAGGUGCUCAACACAGCCAAGGCGCGGGGGCUCAGAGCCCUGCAGGAGGCUGCCUACAAGGUGAUGAGUGACAACUACCUGCAGGUGCUGAGGACACCCUCCAUCUACGGCCGCCUCAACGCCGGCGAGCGGGAGCUGAUCCUGCGGCGGAGGAUGAAGGGGAAGGUGUCCCUGGUCGUGGCAGAUGUCAGCGUGCAGGAGCCUGACCUCCACCCCAGCCGCCUCUGCUACUACGACGAUGGAGGGGACUGCUGGCACCAGCUCUGCCCUGUGCCCCCAGAGGUGGUGUCCCGGGGCUGCGCCACGUGCAGCAUGUUCAACUACCUCUUCGUGGUGUCCGGCUGCGAGGGCACAGGCCGGACACAGAGACCCUCCAAACGCGUCUUCUGCUACGACCCGCUGACCAACAUCUGGAAGGAGAUCUGUCCCCUGAACCAGGCACGGCCCCACUGCAAACUCAUCGCCCUGGACGGCCACCUGUACGCCAUCGGGGGCGAGUGCCUCUGCACGGUGGAGCGCUACGACCCCCGGCUCGACCGCUGGGCCUUCGCGGCGCCGCUGCCCCACGACACGUUCGCGGUGGCCCACACGGCCACGGUGUGCGACGGGGAGAUCUACGUCACCGGGGGCACCCUGCGCUACGUCCUGCUGCGCUACGACCCCCGCCUGGACAGCUGGAGGGCCAGCCCGGCCAUCGGCAGCAGGGACAGGACGGCCGAGAUGGUGAGCGCCAACGGCUUCAUCUACCGCUUCGACCUGCACCGCGGCGCCGGCCUCAGCGUCCACCGCUGCGGCGCCAGGGCCAAGCUGUGGUACAAGUGUGCCGCCUGCCCCCUGCCCGAGCCGUCCGGCCUGCGGUGCGCCGUGCUGGGCAGCCUGGUGCACUGCAUCGGCCGCCGCUUCCACCUCCGCUUCUUGGCCGACCAUGUCUCGCCGCGCUUCGGGGCCAAGGAGCUGCGGCCCUUCCCCUCGCCCCACGGCAGCCUCCUCACGGCUGUCCUGGCGCUGCCGGAGGGAGGGACGGCGCAAACUCGGGUUUGAGCGCCUGUGGUUUGGUCUCAUGAGACAACUGGCAGUGGUUCAGAUGUGCUGUGACAGUCAGAGCUGGGAGGAGAAGACACUGGCCCCCAUUUGCACCGUGUCACUCGGACCUUCCAUCAAACAGGGUCCUCCCAGUCCCAGGGACCAAGCAGGGAAACAAACUGCCCUUGGCCACUGCUGGUAAAGCCAGCCCUGAAGACACAAGGAAGAGCAAAGCAGGAGCUGGGCGGACCCGCUGGUGAGAGGUGUUUAAACACAGGUGUGUUUGCUUGGAUGCAAAUAAACGGCGGAUCCCGCGGGCUCCCAGCUGUUCACUGCCCCCUGAGUAGCUGCUGAGACACCAGGUGUCUAAUAUUGACAUGGACACGCAGCACAUGGUGGAUUUUAGGGUGGAGGAACACGGCAGGGAGGUUGGAUCUCAAGGGAGGUACCACCCAAAGGUCAGCCCUGCCAGCACUUCAGGUUUGAUCUCCCACAUCCCCUGGGGUUAGAGCUUGGGAGCCGGGGGUGCCUCGUUAUCUCUGCUCCUACCAAUGCCUUGGCAUCUCCUGCCUUCUCCUCAGAAUGGAACUGUAUGUAUAUAUAUUUAUAUCUGUCAAUAUAUUUAUAUGCACGUGACGUAAAUAGGCACUAUGGAUUUGCAGACAGCUGGUCUUAAA